UUGUAUCGAUAUUUUCGGACAUAGGUGUUUUCGAUAUUUCCAUCGCGGUUGCUCCAUCUCUAGCUGUUGAUCGUUUGUGCGCUACAGAUUGAAAAUAUAGAAAAAACACUGAAAAUAAGAGAAAAAAAACACCCAAAAUCAGGAUGGAGAUGCCCAAAAGAACUCCAGAUUUGUUGGAUAUACCCAGAACACCAGAUAAGCGGUUUGCACUGACUUCCGAACCGCGUCCGCUGCGUACCAAGGAACUACUGGAAAGACAGCGUCAGGGGAGCCGCACAGAAUCCGCAUCCAAAGCGGACCAACAAAAAACUCCCGAGAUGCGCACCAGCACUGCCAUAUUUUUGGAACCGCUUCCGCUGCGCACCAAGGAAUUGCUGGAGAGACAGCGUCAGGUCUCAUCUGCAUCUGGAUCUGCAUCCAGAGCAGUCCGUACACCAUCGGCCCCCGCAUGCGGAAACAUGACAGACAGUGAAGACACGACCAAAACACCAGAGAUGCGCUGUCCCAGAAUCGCAUUCAUACCCUGCUCAGAGCCAGUGCGCACCAAGGAGCUGCUGGAGCGAUGGCGAAGGAUGGAUGAGAGGGAGAGCAGGAGCAGUCGUCGGCCAGCUUCCGCAACGAGAAUAGGUCGCCAAAAUCACAAAUCCCCAAUACCAGGCAUCAACACAAACAGGCUGUUGGUGCCCUCCAUUGGUUUCUCGUAUCCCAAACAGCAACAGCAGCAGCAGCUGUUCCCCCACACAUCCGCAUCUGCAUCGAGAGCAGAGAGGGAAACACCCCACAUAACCAAGUUAGGCAUAACAAAGCGACGGCUGGAGUUCCGGCACGUGCAGGGCAAGGAGUCGAUGGGGCCGAAAUUGGAAAGGCUCGCAGCCUAUCUACAGCAGGAGCUAGAGGGUUGGGGCAGCAGCACGAAGCAACGGCUGCGCCAGAUGACUAUUGCGGACUUUGUGAGCAUUGUGAGGCAUUUGUUGCCCCACUCUGGGGUAGCGGCGGGGUCGAUGAGCAACGUCUGCUAUGCGGAGCCGCUGAUGGAUGCUCUGCAGCAGCUCAAGUAUCCCAAGAAGGUGAACAGGAGCUGGCUGUUGAUGCCGGGAACACAGCAUGUCAUCGCUCAUGUACUGGACUUGCUGGACUUUCUACUGGAUUUUGCAGUCGUCGCCACAAAACGGGGCGUAUCGAUUUGUGAUUUUCCCUUUGUGGGGGACUCGUCACUGGAUGAGAAAACCUUUGUGCUGAUGGCAAGGGAUUACCAACUGUGGCAAGGAGCGGAAAAAAGUCUUCAAUUAGAGCAACAAAAGCGUAAUGAACUACUAAAGGAAUGCUGCAAUUCCGAUGAUAUCGUGGCACUGCAGCAGGAGUUGGAAGCCCUGCAACUGGAGCCCAAGCAGCUGGAGUUGAGCAAUGUUAAGGAGCAGCAGCAACAGCAGCAGUUGGAACAAAGGCACAGCCUUCAGCAGGAGCUAACCAACUGCCAGGAUAAGCUGAAGUCAUUAUUGGACGAGUCCUCGGACUAUGAGCGCAGGUUCAGUCAUUUGUGCACUGACACCUGGCGAAAGAAGCAAAUGCUGCACUCACUGCAGCAGCGUGUGAGGAGCCAAAGGUGCAGCUACCAGAAGUAUGCGAGAUUGCUUGACCUGCAAGUCGAACGCUGCGACGAACUGCAGGUGUACCGACGUCGGCAACAGGAUAUUGCCGAGCGUCUGAGCAUAGCCAAGCUGCGAUGGCAGCGUACGCGCAAGCACCUAAUGGACAGCAUCGAAGCCUACAACGUGCACAUGCGGAACUUUGAGUACUCGCUGGUGUUCAAAGGCAGCUACCCCAGGUCCCUGCAGUUGCCUCUGUAUCCUUCCAUGGUGGAGAUACAAGAGCGCCAGGAGAAGCUGAGGCAAUUGCGUCACCUUAUGGAUAAAACAGUAGCCAAGGCAGGCAGCUGCAGGAAGGCUCUCGGCGAGAUACAAUGUUAGUUAAACAAACGCAGCAGCACAUACAUACAUUUAUCUGUACACAUCCGCAUACACAUCAACAACAUUCAACAGAAUCUGGCACGAGUUUAAUUUAAGCAAAUAUUUGCGUGUUUCGUAAUUUUCACUUUGAGCCAAAUAUCAAGCUGGGAGCUUAGUAAUUCCUCCUUGAAUUUCACAGAUUUAUUUAAUUGAAUUUGUCAACUGUAUGCCACAAUAGGCUCGUGCCUCCUUCCCUCUGUGUUGGCUGCUGCUACUGCUACUGCCACUGCCACUGCCUUGAUCCCGUGGCCUGGAUUUAAGUUCAUGUAAUUGACAUUUGAAUGAAUCAUUGGCAGCAGUUCUACUCUCUCCCAAAGAGAAUAGCUCUUUGUAUAAGCAAAAGGAUCUACAGGCUAUAUAUUUUUUGUAAAUUUUAAACUGAAUUUAAACAAAAAAUUCAACUUAAGUUGAACGAUCUCUUACAUACAGAAAAACUUCACUUAAUUAGCUGCAAUUAUAUUUAAUUUCGUACCUUAUUCGAGUCAAAAGUUGAGCAGAACAAAUCCACAUUGUAUAAAGUUUUCCCCCAAGCCAUUAAAUGCUACAAAAUAUGCAAUAUAAUUAGG